GCAACAACCGGACCUCAAUUCACCACGUGCGUACGCGGGAAGAUUGCAAACAAAGCUGUCGUAGCCACACCCUCCGCUGCGCCGCCACAGCACCAAUUAUAGUGGGACCGCCAAUACCCUCGUUUGCCGCAAAACCACACUUCAAUCGCCGUCAUGUAUACAGCGUCAAGGGCAGCCUUGCCGGGCUUGGCCACUUUGCUCGCUCUGUACCUCCUCAUCGCCACAGCCAUGGCCGAUUGGGAUCUCAAAUACUGCUCAUCGCAAAACACCGCCUCGGACGACGCUUUCAACUGGACCUGGCAAUCGAACGGUAAAUGCCACGACCACUGUGUUGAGCAGGGCGACUUUGCUUUCUUCGUGCUCCAGGACAAGAACUGUUGGUGCACUAAUUAUAUACCCGCGGAGCAGACGGAUCUCAGUGACUGCAGCGAGACUUGCCCCGGCUACGACUCGGAAAACUGCGGAAAGGCGGGCCAGUACUACAUCUACGUCAACCUCAACGGAAACCCCGCCGGCACUGCGGGAGCGUCGCAGCCAGCAUCCACAAGUGUGAGUGAGAGUCCUUCCUCUAGUGAAGCUCCUUCUUCGACACGCCCUCCUGAGGCUACGACAAGCUCUAGCAGAACAUCGCAGAAGCCCACCUCGACCGCUAACAAUUCUCCUGAUCCAACGCAAGGCGUGCAAACCCAGAUCUCAACCGUCGUAGACCCCAACAACAGCGGCAACAUCAUCACCCAAACUAUCCUGGUCACUCCCACUGCCACGCCCCAAACCGAACUAACCGAAAAAUCCAAGUCGAACACCGGUGCUAUUGUUGGAGGAGUAGUUGGUGGUAUUGGAGCUCUUGCGGUUAUCGUUGCGGGUGUCUUCUUCCUGCUCUGGCGCCGACGCAAGCAGCAGCGGGAGACAGACAAUGGGGAAUCUGGCGAUGCAUCUGGCGUACACCGCUACGCAAGCACCAUGAGCAAAUCAGGUCUUCUACGUGGCGAAAAGCAACCCGAGUACCCUGCACCUAUCGCAACGACCUUCAACCGCCGACACAGUCGCACUCUCGACCAGGAGUCUAUCAGCCCGGUUUCUGCUUCAGAUCGACGAAAUAGCUCUUUCCGAAUCGCGGAUCAGCGACUCAAUCCCUCUACCAUCUUCGUCUUCGACAACACAAGUAGAGCUAGCGUUGGCAGUUUGGAUGACAGUCGAGAUUACCACCGCACUCUCAACGUACGAAAUCCAGAUGCGCAGUGAUGAUCGCGUGCGACACGUUUCUUAUCGGCUAGUGGCUAUCGCUGCUAAUGCCUUUACUGUAUAUUCUACUUUCUAGUUACUCUACCAUGCUGUCACGUACAUAAAGGAAAGGACAGGACGCUUCCGCAAGGGGCGUCGAGGGCAGGGAGAA